AGGCGCCCGCCUGAUUCCACUCUCUGCGGGCCCUCCUCGGUCCCCACUCCCUAUCUCCACUUUCCGGCGUAGCAGUUUGGGAUAGGAAAGGAGACCCUUAUGAAAGAGCGUGUCCGCCUGAGCCACAACUACAAUUCCCAGAAUGCACCGGAAAAGCACUCGGGGUAUCCCGUUAACGCCCCUCUUUCCCAAACUUGGUGGAGACCCGCCGCGGCUUCGGGGCGGAACUAUUCCUCGGGGGCCUGGAGGGUCGGGGGGCUUUUACCUACUUCGGUGGAACUGCCUGUGGGAUGUCGGUGCUGGAGGAGGUGAGGGUUGCAUAGGCUCAGAAAAUUAUGAACACUUCAGAGAGCUGGGUCCUUAGUGGUUCCUCAUUAGCAUCCCAAGUUCAUGCUGCUGCUGUUAAUGGAGAUAAGGGUGCUCUCCAAAAGCUAAUAGCAGGAAACCGUGGCCUGAAAGACAAAGAAGAUCAGUUUGGGAGAACCCCUCUCAUGUACUGUGUGUUGGCUGACCGUGUCGAUUGUGCAGAUGCCCUCCUGAAGGCAGGAGCAGAUGUUAAUAAAGCUGAUCACAGCCAGAGAACAGCACUCCAUCUUGCAGCACAAAAGGGAAAUUAUCGUUUCAUGAAACUCUUACUCACUCGUAGAGCAAACUGGAUGCAAAAGGACUUAGAAGAAAUGACUCCACUGCAUUUAACAACCCGACAUAAAAGUCCUAAAUGUUUGGCCCUUCUCUUAAAGUUUAUGGCACCAGGAGAAGUGGAUACACAGGAUAAAAAUAAGCAAACUGCUCUGCAUUGGAGUGCCUAUUACAAUAACCCAGAGCAUGUGAAGCUUCUAAUAAAACAUGAUUCCAAUAUUGGAAUCCCUGAUAUUGAAGGAAAGAUCCCACUUCAUUGGGCAGCUAACCACAAAGAUCCUAGUGCUGUCCAUACUGUCAGAUGUAUCCUGGAUGCUGCUCCCACUGAAUCUCUGCUGAACUGGCAGGAUUAUGAAGGGCGGACACCUCUUCACUUUGCAGUUGCUGACGGCAAUGUGACAGUGGUCGACAUUUUGACCUCCUAUGAAAGCUGUAACAUCACAUCUUAUGAUAACUUAUUUCGGACACCCCUUCACUGGGCUGCCUUGCUUGGUCAUGCGCAAAUUGUCCAUCUUCUUUUGGAAAGAAACAAGUUGGGAACCAUUCCAUCUGAUAGCCAAGGAGCAACACCACUCCAUUAUGCAUCUCAGAGUAAUUUUGCGGAGACAGUGGAAGUAUUUUUGAAACAUCCCUCUGUGAAGGAUGAUUCAGACCUUGAGGGAAGGACAUCCUUUAUGUGGGCAGCGGGAAAAGGCAGUGACGAUGUCCUUCGGACAAUGCUGAGCUUAAAAUUGGACAUUGAUAUCAACAUGACAGACAAAUAUGGAGGUACAGCUUUACAUGCAGCUGCCCUGUCCGGCCACGUCAGCACUGUGAAGCUAUUAUUGGACCAUCAUGCUCAGGUGGAUGCCACAGACGUCAUGAAGCACACUCCUCUAUUCCGAGCCUGUGAAAUGGGGCACAAGGAAGUGAUUCAGACACUUAUAAAAGGUGGAGCAAGGGUCGAUCUCGUGGACCAAGAUGGCCAUUCUCUUCUUCACUGGGCGGCCCUGGGAGGAAAUGCUGAUGUUUGUCAAAUAUUGAUUGAAAAUAAAAUCAAUCCAAAUGUGCAAGAUUAUGCAGGAAGAACCCCCUUGCAGUGUGCUGCAUAUGGAGGCUAUAUUAACUGCAUGGCCUUACUCAUGGAAAAUAAUGCAGAUCCUAAUAUACAAGACAAAGAGGGCAGAACGGCACUACACUGGUCCUGUAACAAUGGCUACCUUGAUGCUAUAAAAUUGCUGCUCAGCUUUGCAGCUUUUCCCAAUCAGAUGGAAAACAACGAAGAAAGGUACACACCUCUUGAUUAUGCUUUGCUUGGAGAGCACCAUGAAGUAAUUCAAUUCAUGUUGGAACACGGGGCUCUGUCGAUAGCGGCUAUUCAAGACAUUGCUGCUUUCAAAAUCCAGGCUGUCUACAAAGGGUACAAGGUCAGGAAGGCAUUUCAGGACCGAAAAAAUCUCCUAAUGAAGCACGAACAGCUGAGAAAGGAUGCUGCUGCCAAAAAACGUGAAGAAGAAAGCAAGAGGAAAGAAGGAGAACACCAAAAAGAAACACUGAGCCACGUGAAAAGCCGAGCGCAAGCACAGCAGCUUCCAGAGAAGCGAACCCCAGCCACCAGGCCUCCACAGCCGCCCAGCAAACCCACAACUAUUCCUGGCAAACAACCAUUCUCCAUCAGUGCCUCUCCAAGCCGAAUGGGAAAAAACAGAGGGUCUCCAGGAGUGUCCCCGGACAUGGCAUACAGAAAAGAGCAGUUUCCUUCUACAGAAAAGCAGGGAGAAAAUCACCGGAGACAAAAAGAACCAACCAGAGAGCAUUCCAAAGGCAAAGUUCCUUCUGUCCACUUUGGCACCAGUGAAAGGGAUAAUGAACGCAAACCUCAGGUGGCCAUUUCUAAGUCAGAAGGUGAGAAAAGUGGAGAAUUGCCAUCCCUCAGAGGAAGGGGUGUCCCAAGGCAUGCCUCUUCUAGUAAAGCAAGUGGAGCUGGAGAGGAGUUAGAAGAUCAGAGGCGGACAGUGGCUUGUAGUGGCGAGCCCUUGGACAGAGCAGCAGCAAUACGCUUGCCGGAUUCUAACUGCCCAGUUGGAAACUUGAGACAACGCAAGCACCAUGAAACAGGUUCAAGGACCAAAGUGCACUCGAUGAAAAGACGAAGUAAAGAGCUAAAAGGGGAGAGGUGCUCUCCAGCUGGUUCUAGCAGACCUGGAAGCGCCAAAGUGGAACCCACCCACCCAGGGAACGAGGCUUCAUGUAAUCGGGGACAAAGAAGCAAAGGGGCAGAUAACGAGGUCGUAGCAAGAGUCUGCUGUGGGCUACCAAGUAAAACAGGAUUGACAAGACCUGGGCCCAAUAACGUAGGGACGUACCCCACACCUGGUGACAGGCUGAGCUUGGUGAAGACAAAAACAGCAAAUGCAGGUGAUCAUUUGUCCUCCCCAGUGGGGCAGAAUUUGAAUAUUGAACUUCUCCCAUUGGAGAGCCGGCUGAUGAUCAUUGAAAAAGAAAGAACAAGGAAAGAGUUGUUCCGGAAAAAGAACCAUGCUGCUGCUGUGAUUCAGAGGGCAUGGAGAAGUUACCAGGUACGAAAGAAACUGUCCGAGCUUUGCAGCGCUCGGCGACGGGGUGAAGAAGAUGAAGACAAGUGGAGACAAGAGAGGGCUGCCUUUCUCUUCCAGGUUGCCUGGAAGAAACAGGUGAACCCCAAGACCUUGAAGCCAGGCUCAUCCUGUAAAACUCCCAAAUCUACCAGCAAGAGCAACUCCCUCAUCAAACAAAACAAGCAAACUGUCCUCAAACAAAUCUAUGGAUGCUCUCAGGAAGGGAAAGUACAUCAUGCCAUAAGACCUUCAUCAAAGCCUCCUCUCUCUGCAAUGCACCUAAUUUCAGUAAGCAACCUGCAGUAUGUACACUUGCUUGAGAAUAAUGGAAAAUCAAAGAACUUCUCUUACAACAUGAGACCAGCCACUGAGGUGAAAACAAGAAAUCAAAAAUCCAGUCACUAAAGAAUUGUCUUCACGAGAGAUGGGACAGCUAAAACAGUUGGUUCUGUUAGCAAAAUUAUCAACUUUUACAUUUCAUCACUUUAAAAAAAUCUAGCCAUGAAAUGGGGCAAUGUUUACAGAAGUUCACAACCUACUUCCAAGUAAGUUUUCUUGUUUAUGAGGUCUAAGCUGGAAUAGUCUUUAUUACAGUCUAUUUUAUAAAUGUUCUCACCAUCACCUAGUUGUUACUAGGAUUGUUAAGCCUAUACCAUUUCUUGGAAAGACCAUGCAGAUGAUAGUAUUUAUUCGCAGUCUAUGUCAAUUUGGGGCUAUUUAUUAAAAUGUCAGGGAAGGAUGGUGAUUAGCAAAACAAGGAGUAAACUGGAUAUAGACCAUGAAGUACAGACCCUUCAUCAUUAAAAAUGAAUACAAGCCAUAUAUUUGAAAUGCUCAUCUCUAGGCUGCUACCCUAUUCCAGUGACCUCAUCUCCAGUGUUCACUGGUGAACAUUCCCAAUAGGGAAUGGGUUAAGCAAGAGAAACUGUGUCCUUAACUCAUAAGUUGGUGCACGCUUGUUUUCUCUGUCUUGAACCGGGGAGAGGAGAAAAGAUGAAUCAUUCAAAUCCGUUCCAAAUUUGUACUGGAAAUGUUUAUCAGUACUGGCUACUCACACAAUCCCUCCAAUUCUGAACUGUAUCCAGUAGUUUUUCCUAGGGGAACUAUUUGGUCAGAUACAAAUGAUUGAUGAAUGAGAGCACAGAAUUCUUUUUUGUUUUUUGAGAUGACUACUUUUAAUUGGGAAUUUUCCACAAGAAGGAAAAGGGAAGUGCUAGUGAAUUUUACUACUUGUUGCAUUUCCCAUUGAGUAAUUGUGAAACAUUAACCACAGUAUGAGCUAUAAAACAUUUUACCAACCACAGAUGGCUAGAAGAAAACUCUUCUCUGAAUGUAUAAAUCUCAACAGUCUAGAUCAUCUAGAUUAACUGUGAGACAGCCGGUGUUACAGAUAGAUGGCUAUACAGUGGUAAGACACUCUACCCUAAAGGAAUAAGAGAAUGUUAUGGGACAGAAAAAUAAUAUGAAACCCAUUAUCAGGGUUUUGUCACAGCAAAUGUUUGGAACAUAUAUCUCAUUUUAACAUCACACAUUGAAAAAGAAUCACGGUGACUGACUAAUGAAGUGGGAAGCUUCAUUGUAUACUGAAAGAAAAAAAGAACAAAUGGACUUGAAAUUGUCCUGCUUUUGUUCCUUUCUCUAUUAUACAUAAUCAAUAUCACCCUUUGAUAAGAUUAUUUUUUAUAAAUACUCAAUGAUCAAAAUA